GUGCAAGAUGUAAAAUGGGCCUUGGUCUAUGAGGCUGAUACGCGGGAGGCCAACUCUCCAGAGAACCCAAACUAGCAACAAUAACCGCUCCCAUCUCAACUAUCCCCAGGAUACCCUUCCAUUUUCGGAUAAUUGCAGUCCCAAACCUCGUCACUGAUCACGAUGAAGUGAAAAAACUGUCAACCCCAAAACCCUAGUACUACCUCACUCGCACUCUCUCUCCUCCAUGAAAAUCUCCGUUCUAGACCUCUAGCCACGCACCCUCCUCCCACAAAUGGCGUCGUCGAUCGCAAUCCUCACCAAAUCACGAUCCAUCAUCAAGAAAAUCCUAACCCACCACCACCACCACGAAUACCUCGUCAAAUCCAUCACCACCUCCUCAUUCCUCUCUCAGCAACCCCAGCUGGCCGAAGAACAACCCCAUCCAUCGCCACCGUCACCGGAACAAUCGCCGCUGCCCCCCAACCCGGCCUCGGGCAGCCCGCUCUACAACGAGAACUGGAGGAACCCGAUCCAACCAACCUCCUCCUCCUCUGCUUCGCUCAUCCCCCUCAACUUCAUCCACCAGGAGUCGGCCCGUAUCCAGGCCCUCUCGCAGACCCUGGACCUCCCGGCCGUCAAGAACGUGUUCGCGGACUGGACCGCGUCGCAGCGCUGGGGCGACAUGAAGCAGCUGUUCGAGUUCUGGAUCAGGUCGCUGGACGGCAGGUCUGGGAAGCCCAAUAAGCCUGACGUGGACUUGUAUAAUCUUUAUCUUAGGGCUAAUGUUAUGAUGGGGGCGUCGGCUGGGGAGUUGUUGGAUCUGGUGGCGCGGAUGGAGGAUUACGGGAUUGUGCCCAACACGGCGUCGUUUAAUUUGGUGUUGAAGGCUAUGCACCAGGCCAGGGAGACCUCAGCCGCCGAGAAGUUGAUCGAACGGAUGCUGCAGUCCGGAAAAGAAUCUCUUCCAGAUGAUGAGUCAUAUGACCUGGUUAUUGGCAUGCUGUUUUUGACAGACCAGAUUGAUUCUGCCCUAAAAUAUGUAGAUUUGACUUUAAAAUAUGGUUAUAUAUUAUCAGUGAAGGUGUUUACUGAAUGUGUGCGAAGCUGUGUUGACAAGGGGAGGCUUGACACAUUAGUAUCAAUUAUUGAUAGGUGCAAGAAAAUGGAUCAGAACAAAGCGCUUUGUCCAACCUGGAAUCUGUGCAAUUACAUUGCAGAUGUUGCAAUGCAAGAAGAUAAUACUGAGUUAGCGUAUUUUUCCCUGGAAUUCAUGGCAAAAUGGAUUGCAAUUGGUGACAAGGCAAGGCCACCUGUUCUGCUCUCUGUAGAUGAAGGACUGGUGGUAGCUGCACUAGGAACUGCUGGUAGAACGUAUAACACGAAACUCCUUGACGGAUCAUGGGCUUUGCUUAAGCGCUCGUUGCGCCAAAAGAAGGCCCCCAACCCAGAAUCUUACCUAGCAAAGAUAUAUGCUCAAGCUUCAUUGGGCAAUCUUCAGAAGGCUUUUAGUACUCUGCAUGAGCUUGAGACUGCUUAUGGGAGUUCAACUACAGAAGCUGAAGACAAUCUGUUCUCUCCAUUUACUUCCUUAUACCCCCUGGUUGUGGCAUGCUCCAAGAACGGCUUUGUUACUUUGGAUUCAGUAUAUUAUCAACUGGAGAAUCUUAGCCAAGCUGAUCCUCCUUACAAGUCUGUUGCUGCGCUAAAUUGUAUAAUUUUAGGUUGCAGUAACACAUGGGAUGUUGAUCGGGCGUACCAGACUUUUGAAGCGAUUAGUUCCACAUUUGGGUUGAUCCCUAAUACUCAUUCAUACAAUGCUCUGAUGAAUGCAUUUGGAAAGCUCAAGAAGACGUCUGAAGCUUCAAGUGUCUUUGAGCACAUGAUAAGUAAGGGUGUGAAACCAAAUGCAACGACUUACUCUGUCCUUGUUGAUGCUCAUCUCGUUGAGCGAGAUCCAAAAGCGGCUCUCUCUGUUAUCGACCAGAUGGUGAAUGAAGGGUUUGAGCCGUCGAGGGAAAUGCUGAAAAAGGUAAGAAGACGAUGUAUGCGAGAGAUGAACUAUACGAGUGAUGACAAGGUGGGGUCGCUGGCCAGACAAUUUAAAAUUCGGAUGGGUGUAGAGAAUCGCCGGGACUUGUUGUUUAAUCUUGAGUACAGCACUGAUUAUGCAUGAUAGGUUCACUUCUCUUGUAACGGGACAUUUCUCUAGUCUUGUGGUGAACAUUCAGCCUCCUGUAAAUUAGCUGAUUGUGCUCAAUUUUGGAGCCUGAAGAUGAACAUCAGGACCGUAGCUUUAGCCAAAUAGUUGUUAUUUGAUGUAUUCUUUUCUGUGCUUUUUCCUUGGGGGUAGCUAAAGGAUAUCAAGACACAAUCUAGUCAUAUAAAAUUUUUGUAAUUUUUUUUUUUUUUGGGUGAAAUUUGUCUUCACUUGCUGGUUUUUUGGACUGCUGCAGUGGUUGCUGCGCAUUGUGCGGUAACAAAUCUAAUGAUCGCGCGACUGAUGGUGCAAAAUGUGGUGCUUGUACUAUUGUGCAAGGAUUUAUUUAAAUUCAUCUGAGUGAUGGCAGGA